ACGAUAGUGUCAAAAUGGCGAGAAUGUGGGGAAGUCCUAAAUCCUACCUGACUUGUCUAAAACAUUAUUUGCUGGAUAGGAUUACACGAAAGUCAAAACUUUUAACUGUUCUCGACUCCUAUUCAGUCUCCAGACCAGUCAGGAUUCUCAAGGUUGUGAAAAGAACUGCUAAAACUGGUGUAAUCUCUUUCUGUGUUCUCAACACCAUGAUUUCUUUUGUUGGAUAUCCUGCAUACAUUACAGGGAAAUCCAUGCAGCCUGAAUUUAAUGCUCCUGCUGAGAACAAAGAACGUGAAAAUGCAAUUUCAAGUUGGAAAAAUAUCUUUUUCAGGUUGGAUUUGGAUUGGAUCUGGGUAUCCUGCUGGAGAGCCCGUAACUUUGGAUUUGACCGAGGAGAUAUUGUUGUUUAUGUUUCUCCAAAGGAGCCCUAUGAUUAUGUAAUUAAACGUGUGGUGGGCCUGGAAGGUGAUAUUGUUACAAAUCAGAAACGACAAAUAAAAGUUAAAAUACCUCCAGGUCAUUGUUGGGUAGAAGGAGAUAAUAAAAGUAACAGUGUGGACAGUAACUACUACGGACCUAUUUCUAAGGGUUUGAUAUUUGGUGUUGCUUCUCAUGUGAUAUGGCCUAGUCACAAGUGGAGAAAGCUUGAGAGUGGAUUAACUCCUAGUCUUCUAUCCAGAGUAGAACUCCAGGAGCAAUCUCCCAAACCUAGGAGUUGGUUGCAACAUUUCAAGAUUAUAUUUUAUUUUCUUCAAACCGGAACUAGAGGAAGUGGAUGAAAACCGGAACUAGAGGAACUGUAUGAAAAGACUUUAUCAGUGAAGACAAAUUUUACCUUUUUUUAGGAAUUUGUAAAAAUAGACGUUUUUGUUAAAAUAUCUGUUACAUGUAGUCAAAAAUAUAA